AUGGCCUCAACGUCGACAACCCAACGCCUCCUCCGCGAACUCAAAGACUACACCAAGUCCCCCAACGAGGCGCUCCUUCACCUGGGCCCCGUCGGCGAAGAUGAUCUCCUACACUGGGAAGCCGUCCUGAAGGGCGUCAAGGGCACACCCUACGAAGGCGAGUCAGGCGGCCUCUGGGCCCUCCAAAUCACCAUCCCGCCCAAUUACCCCCUCGCGCCGCCCACCAUCCGUUUCGCCACCCGCAUCUCCCACCCCAACAUCUCCUUCACAACCGGCGAGAUCUGCCUCACGCUGCUGACGACCGAGCACUGGAGCCCCGUGUACACGCUCUCGACCACCCUGACGGCCAUCCACCAGCUGCUGACGGAUCCGCGGCCGGACUCGCCGCUGAACGUCGAUGUCGCGGCCCUGCUGCGUGAUGGGGAUAUCCCUGCGUGGGAAAGUAUUGUGCGGUAUUGGACGGAGGAGGAGCGGUGGCAGGGCCAGGGGAAUGUUGUGCGAUGA